GACUUCAGAGGACGAUACAAUGGUGAGAGCGUCAGCCAUGGAAGGUGUAUCAGGCGAAGCAGAAGGGGAGAUCGUUAUAGUCGAAGAAUGGAAUGGCUCUUCUUCAACCAAGCUCUCUAAAACUGCUACCAUCACCGCUUCUCCUUCUCUUUCCAUCCAAAGAUCUGGUAGCCGUUUUGAUCACGUUUGGAGACGCGUCCUUCAAGCAUUUGUACCUGAGGGUUUUCCAAGCAGUGUAACAUCAGAUUAUGUCCCUUUUCAAGUGUGGGAUUUGUUGCAGGGUCUUUCGACUUACAUAAGGACCAUGCUUUCUACACAAGCUCUCUUAAGUGCAAUUGGGGUUGGAGAGAAAUCAGCGACUGUCAUUGGCGCCACAUUUCAGUGGUUUUUGAGGGACUUGACUGGAAUGCUUGGAGGGAUACUAUUCACAUUUUACCAGGGCUCAAAUCUGGAUAGCAAUGCCAAAAUGUGGCGUUUGGUUGCAGAUCUUAUGAAUGAUCUUGGAAUGUUGAUGGACCUCGUAUCUCCUUUGUUUCCUUCAGCAUUUGUAUUCGUAGUUUGCUUAGGGAGCCUAUCAAGAUCAUUCACUGGUGUUGCCAGUGGUGCAACUAGAGCUGCGUUGACACAGCAUUUUGCUCUUGAGAAUAAUGCAGCAGAUAUAUCUGCCAAGGAAGGAAGUCAAGAAACAGUGGCAACAAUGACUGGCAUGGCAUUUGGGAUGCUCCUUGCUCGCAUAACAAUUGGACACCCCUUAGCUAUCUGGUUUUCGUUUCUUUCUCUCACCUUGUUCCAUAUGUAUGCAAACUACAGGGCUGUUCGGUGCCUUGUACUGACAUCUUUAAAUAUGCAAAGGAGCUCAAUUCUUUUGCAGCAUUUCAUGGAGACAGGCCAAGCUCUCUCCCCUGAACAGGUCUCUAGGAUGGAACAUAUUUUACCCAAAUGGACCACGUUUUGGAGCUCAAAGAAUGUUAAAUUGUUGCAUAAGCAAGUACACUUGGGUGUGAGAGUUUCUUCACUUGAUCACCAGGAAAUGAUGGAGCUGUUACGUUCUGCAGGAUCUCAUAGGAAAGCAAAGUACUUGCUAGUGGAGAGGAAGACAAGCAUCAGCAUUUUGAUGCACAAAAAUUCAACAUCUUCAGAUGUCUUGCAAUCAUUUAUUCAUGCACUGGUUAUGGCAAAACUUAUGGAAGAAAAUAGAUCUGUGCAUUUGGAGAGCCAGUCAUGGAUGGAUAAACAUUACAAAGAUUUCCUUCAAAAGUUAAGUUUAUCAGGUUGGAAAACAGAACGUCUUCUUUCCCAUUCCAUCAUUUGGAGGGCAAAUUGGAUAUGUGGGCCUUCAGAUGAUAAGGUUGACUAGGUGCCCUCACCUAACUUUACUAUGGGCCUUCGGACGAUAAGGUUGACUAGGUACCCUCACCUACCUUUAUUGUGGAUUCUUAGAUUGAUAUCAUUUAUUCAUGUUGAGUAGAAUGGUAAGGGAACGAUUUAUGGAACCAUUUGUGAAAAAAACCGAUGAUACUUUCACCAACAAGAAUUUGUAUCUGCUCCCUGGCAGCUCUCGUAUUUAUAUGAAUUGCCUUGGUCAGUAAAUCACAGUGGUAUAAGUAUUGAUAUUCUAAGCUAGAAACCAGAACAAGAAUGUAAACCUUAGAUCCAACAAGUUAAAAAACUUGGUUGGCAAAUUUUCUUUUUGGCACUAGUAAUUGUGAGAAUAUAAAUGAAUGGGAAAAUUGCCCCUAGGUCCUUGAGUUUUGGGGUUGAUAUCGUUUUAAACCACAACCUUUAAAUCGUUGUAAUGUGUUCUUGUUAUCUAAAAACCAUUAAGAUA